UCAUUACUGGGUCAACUCGGGGUCAUUCCAUAGCUAUCUUUGCAGCUCGCCUACGAUGGAAAAUUUUGGUGGCGAUGAUUAACCUUGGUGUGCGGACAUCUAAUUAAGGAGACAGGGAAGACAUCUUCACGUGCGAAGUACCGACAAAAACGUGACAAGACGCCCGGGAUACAGGACGGAUCCUGGACGCUCGUGAUCUCCAGAUUGCCAGGAGUCCUAUCAGUCUGCAUCUGUGGUUGAGGCUUGUGUACAUGGGAGGAGGCGACACCAUCGUCGACUGGCAGCACCUCAGCGUGGGUUAAACUUACCUGAGGAUUCUGUCUUCACACAUUUACUGGUUCCUGCUAAGUUUUCAACAGCAGCCUUCUGAAAGGAGCAGUGGUACAACCAUGUUUCCACUACCCCGAAGGACCACUCAGUCCACCAAACGAACUAUGAGACAAGCCAUAGAUUCUGAGAAUGGCAAUUCAGAUGGACAACGGGCAAAGAGACAACUCCUGAGAGCAAAGGCUCCCACUGAGGAGAUCAUCCGAGAUUGGAGCAACAUGCCCUCAGAGAUCCUCACUCACAUAUUUCAGUUCCUACCGUUAUGGGAUCGUGCUCGGGCCUCCCUGGUCUGUCGUCUCUGGAACAAAACCUUCCACCUGCCCGAGCUGUGGCAGACCUUCACGUUUGAGUUCAACAACCCCAACACGUCCCAUUUCAAGUCCACCCCACCCCAGCUCAUCCGACAGGUCCUGAGACGCCACGCACACCACCUACAGUCUGUCAGCUUCAAGGUGGACAGCAACAAGGAGUCAGCGGAAGCGGCCUGUCAGAUCCUGUCCCAGCUGGUGAACAGUUCGCUGAAGACACUGGGGCUCAUCUCCACAGCCAAGCCCAGCUUCCAGGAGGUCAGCCGAGAGGACUUCGUCACGGCGCUCACCGUCGUAUUCGUCCACUCCAAGUCGCUGUCCCAGCUAAGGGUGGAUGACACCCCUGUGGAUGACCCCUCCCUAGCAGUGAUGAUCCAGAACAGUAGUGACUCUCUGGAACUUCUCAACAUGACCAGCUGCCCACACGUAUCUCCUAAAGGUAUCCUGGCAGUGGCAGACCAUUGUCAAAAUCUGCGAGAGUUGGCCCUGAACUACACACUACUCAGUGAUCAGUUACUUCUCACCUUGUCAAGGGAGGAGCAUGCCACCUUAGAGCAGCUGCGGAUUGAUGUCAUCAGCAGCAACCCCAACGAGAUCAUGCAGUUCCACCAGAUCUCCAAGGACAGCUGGCAGUCGGUCGCUAAGCACUCACCCAACCUGACGUUGGUCAUGUACUUCUACGUGCACAACGAUGAGGACUUUGCGCCCUUCUUCCAGUGUGACACGCCGGUGACACACUUGUUCUUUGGUGCCUACGUCUCCAAAUCGGCCUUGCGAAGAGUCGGGCUACACUGCCCCAAGCUGAUCGAGCUAGUAGUAUGUGCGAAUGGCACACAACCGCUAGAUGACGAAGUGGUGUUGAUUGCAAAGUCGUGCAAGAAUCUUCACUCCCUCGGGCUCGGGGAGUGCGAACUGUCCUGCAGUGCGUUUGUGGAGUUUGCCAAAAUCCUUGGACCCAACCUGACAGAACUGAGUGUGAUGGAGGAAGUGUUGGUUGGGGACAACAACUUUGACACCUAUGAGGCAUACAGUGCAGUGUCCAAGUAUAUCGGGCGCUACUGGAUGCCUGAGUACAUGCCUGUAGUCUGAACUGUGAUACAAAUGAUGAUAGAUUCAUCAUAUGGACACGAGUCCCCCCAGUGCUGCCUAUGAAGACACUCAUACCAGCACUCGCCCUGAAUGGAGAAAUGGCAUUUUUCUAUCUCACUAGUAGUAGGAGGCAUCUGUUGCAGUAAGGAGGAGAUGUGCCAUCUCUUUAUGAAGUCAAACUGUGUGCAUAUCUGCAGAUUUUUCUGUACAUAGCUUGUAAACAAAGAAGUGUCUUGUGUGUUUAAAUGGGGAUUUUGAAGUUCCUGUCUUUGCAAAUGUGCCAUUGUUUGUUGUGACUAUUUUGUAAAAGGAAGAAUAAUAAUUUAAGUGACACAACAAGGUAGCAAUCCUCCUGAUCUUUCCUUGUCACAUAACAGGUUGAAAAAAGAUGUGUUAGUAACAGCUAGGAACCACAUUGAUGUGAUAUAUAUUCAGUGCUUGUUCCAACCAAAAUAUAGCAGUAACUACAUUAAUAUUGGCAAACCUCUAGCACUUCUGAAAGUUGAAUUACAUCAGAGAUAGAAAACAAAAUGGUUGUAAGCUGUUGUUAUCUUCUCUCCUUUGUACAUUGAUGUUGGUGUCCCAACUGUAAUUCUCUUCAUGACAUAUGUAAUUCUGUUUAGCUGAUGACCAUUUCACAGCAAUGUUCCUAUGGAUAAAUUAUUUGUGUAUGGUUGCCUUUAUUUAGGUACCUUGUGAUUGGAAAGUGUGACCUUCUUCCAGUUUCCUCACCCUAUACAAAGCAGGGAGAAGGUUACAGCUGCCCACAUAGGACAAAUAAUUAGCAUAUAUGAGUACAAGACAACACGAUGUAUUUGGGGUGCUUUUCUAAGAGUAACUCAGUUUGGUUGUGCAAGUUCCUCAAUCACUGACAGUAGAAUUGGAAGAAGCGGUGGAACAAAAAAUUCAUAUUCAGAAAUUACAGAUGAGCUUCAUAUAACAUCCAGUCAUGCACAAACUGGCCAUGAUAAGGAGGUUUUGUACCGUUUUUAUUGUCUUGUGUAUAUGAUAGAAACUAGGAGAACACAAGUAAAAAAAAACUAAAGACAGAACUUUGUUACUGUGGAUAGUAAACAUUGAAUAGCUGCUAGUGGUUCCUUGGCUCAUGAUGUGUACAGCUGGAUCAUUGUCUUCACAAAGAGGUUUGUAAUUGAUAUUUUCCACUGUCCUUGUUUGACUUUCCUGAAAGCUUUCAAAGAUAUGCCCUGUACAUAUUUUUGUAGUUGACAAUCAUGGUCCUUUGUAGUUUUGUCAUAUCUUGAAAAGAACCAGAAGAAUAGAACAGUUAUCAUGGAAGAUUUGCAAUAGUUGAUGUUUUGAUGUUAAUGAAAUGAAAAUAGUUUUAUGAAGGAGAAGGCCUAAAGAUUUGACAUUACUUGUAGAGAAACAUUGGCUGAAUAGUAUUGUAAUGGAGGAGAAAUUGGAAUUCUAUGAGCUGAUGUUGGCUGAUUUUGCUGUGAUAAGGUCCAUUCCAUCUACUUGUGUGGGUGUUUUCAUUUUGUAAAUUUUUUCAAACCUAUCAAAUCAUUUGUAAAAAAGUAAUAUUAAUAUAUAUUAAUAGUAAAGAAACAUAGGCAUUUUGGACUUUUCUGAAUAUUGAAAACAUUUGGAAUCUUUGAAGUAUUUAUUUUGAAGAAUUGAAAAACAAUGGUAACACCAUACUCUCUUUAUUUAGAAAAAUGCAUGUCAUGGUGAAUAUUUUUAAUUUGGUUAUUGGGCUAGGAAGGAAGCCAUUCUCAUUCGGGUAGUAUGCUUAUGUACUACAAAUAGCGUUUACCAGAAAAGAACAGUGCAAUCUUAAGAUUAACAAAAUCAACCUGUUAGGCUAAGUAAACCUAUUGUUUUAUAGGACAAUAGCCAACUUUCCUUGAGUCCUUUAUAAAAAUGAAACAAUCAAAUAUGCAUGUGAAAAUUAUUCACAUUAAAGAUAUCUUUUAGCCACUUUAGAAAUGUUAGGAAGCUAAUUAAAAACUUUUUAUUUUGUAGUUUUUGACAUGUUUAUAAACAUUGUGACUUAAAUAUUCUUUUAUUCUGAUUGGUUUUAAAUAUCACAAAGCUACACAGUGAUGUGGAAUGGACCUGAGUAUAGUUGUGUUAUAGCAACAUCUGAUGUCAUCACAGCUGAUACAGAUUUGUACUCAAUGGGGCAGAUAGAAGUAAAAUGUGGGUUUAAUCAAGUACAGAGCCAGGCCAUCAUGUAUUUUUGAGAGAUUAAAAAGAGAUAUUAUUAUGUACAUGUAUGUGAGAUUGUACAGAAAACGGAUUUCCUAAAUGUUUAUAUAUAACUAAAAGGAUUAUACUUGUGUUGCUCUUAAGAUAGACAUUGUUCUCAGAGUGGGGACUCCUGAGGUUUGAAAAGUCACAUUUCCUGAUCUGUUGUCCAUCUUUACUUUGUAAAUACUUAUCAUUGCAGGAUGAAAUGUAUUUGGGGUGAUGCUACUUCUUGAGUUCAUCAAGCCUGUUGUGCCCAAAGU